AUGCCGCAUAUUCCAUACUUUAUUAAUAAUAAAACGACUGAACCAACACUUCAACAACUAAUACAAGCAACAACAGCAACAAUGGAAUUUACUAUAGAUACAGAAUCAUAUAAUAUAUACAAACAAAACAAACAAAUAUUUAUGUGGGGCUCUAAACAUGAACUUGACCCAUUUACAACAUUUGAAUUAUUUAAACAAGAACAAUUUGAUAAUAUAAAUAUUAUUAAUCUACAAUUAAAAUUUAAACAACAUUGGACACAACAACACCCUCACCAGAAAAAAUCCGAUGAAAUUAUUAAUGAUGGUUGUUUAUGUGAACGAUGUUUAGGAAAAGAAGCAUCACACACAUGGUUCUUACAAGAUGGAAUUUUAUAUUCAUUUGAAGAAUAUUUACCGAAAGAAUUAACGUGUGUAAAAUUUAAUAUCGGUUUGGAUCAUAAUUUAUUUACAAUGAAUUCUGAUGAAUUAUCUUACCGAGAAAAAUUAACCAAGUAUGCAAUAAACGAUUGUAUUGCAAUGCAACGAAUUAUAAUGAAUAUGAAACAAAAUAAUUUUAAUUUUAAAAUUAAGAAUUUAUUUAAUUAUGAAUUAGAAAAUAUUUCAUUUGAUGAUGAAAAUGAUUCACCACAACCUCCACCUGCACAUGUUCCUAUUGUUGAUCUUAUAAGAUACCCACAUGAUUGGGAAUCGAUUUUGAUCAACGAACAAGUACCUGAACAUAUACAUGAUGAACAAGUACAUGAAAAUAUACAUGAUGAACAUAUACAUGAACAUAUACAGGAUGAACAACCACAAUCACCACCACCACCAACUCAUACUGAAUUAACAUUAGAAGAACAAGCAAGAAAACGUACACAAAAUAGAAAACGCACCAUCAAACAACGUAGUGAAAAAACUCUACGACAACAUGGCAUUCCAUAUUCAGCUGUUAACAAAUCAAAAUCCGGAUCCACUUUGUACAUUGGUCUGAAACAAGCUGAUAAUAUUGAUGAACAUGAACGAAUUGCCCAACACCUGUUCUCAACACAACAUCAUCAACAAUAUCGUCAUCAACAACAUUAUCGACAACAUCAUCAAAAUCAUCAUCAACAACAUCCUCAGAACCAUCAUCAGCAACAUCAGCAUCACAGACAUUAA